ACCAAAAAACAACCCGUCGUAAACGGCUGCUUUACUCAGCGAAUACAAUGAAUUUCCUGUUCGACUGGUUAUGCGGAAUGGAAGGGUGAGUGUGUUUCGCUGAUUUAUUGCGUUUAUAGACGCAUAGGAGAGAACAGGGUCAACCCGGCGGAAAAGGAGGACAACCCGGAGAGCAGAUCUUCGACUAUUGUCCUGUGGCGUCUCCCUCCUGGGUGGGUGUUGCCCCCCCACUUGCCCCCCCACUUGCCUUACAAUGGACUGAGGGGAGUGGGAUAAGGUGCAGGGUGACGGAAGGAAGCGAUGUGGCUGGAUCUCCCGGCUCGCUGCCUGGUCAGUGAUGCGCCAAACGCGAGCGAACCCCGUCAGUAAGGCCUGUGGUGCAGCCGUUUAAAGCGCAGAGUCGCUCGCUCGCCCGCCGUGAGUCGCGUCUUUUCAUCGGCCUGCCGUCCGGAUGGAGUGACUUGUGACUCGAGUCAGACUGCAGUUUGGUGGCGUGUGAUGAUAGGAGACACAAUGACGCUCCUGUCUCUCCUGGGUCGGAUCAUGCGCUAUUUUCUCCUGAGGCCGGAGACCUUGUUCCUGCUGUGCAUCAGCCUGGCGCUGUGGAGCUACUUCUUCCACACGGACGAGGUGAAGACCAUCGUCAAGUCCAGCCGGGACGCGGUGAAGAUGGUGAAAGGGAAAGUGGCGGAGAUGAUGCAGAACGAGCGGCUGGGAGGCCUCAGCGUGCUGGACGCCGAGUUCUCCAAGACCUGGGAGUUCAAGAACAACAACGUCGCUGUCUAUUCCAUCCAAGGCAGGCGGGAUCACAUGGAGGACCGCUAUGAAGUUCUCACCGACAUCACCAACAAGAGCCACCCGUCAAUCUUCGGGAUCUUUGACGGCCACGGUGGAGAGGCUGCAGCUGACUACGUGAAGGCUCAUCUGCCUGAGUCUCUGAAGCAGCAGCUGCAGGCGUUUGAGAAGGAGAAGAGAGAGAGCUCCCUGUCUUACGCCAGCAUCCUCGAGCAGAAGAUCUUAAACGUGGACCGUGAGAUGCUGGACAAACUCUCCGCGAACCACGACGAAGCAGGAACCACGUGUCUGGUGGCACUGCUGUCAGACAGGGAGCUCACCGUGGCCAACGUGGGCGACUCUCGUGGAGUGUUGUGUGACAAAGACGGGAACGCUGUUGCUCUAUCGCAUGACCAUAAACCUUACCAACUGAAGGAGCGCAAGAGGAUCAAGAGGGCAGGAGGCUUUAUCAGUUUCAAUGGCUCCUGGAGAGUUCAGGGAAUCCUCGCCAUGUCUCGAUCGCUUGGCGACUACCCCUUGAAAAACCUCAACGUCGUCAUCCCCGACCCCGACAUCACGACCUUUGACCUGGACAAACUGCAGCCGGAGUUCAUGAUCCUGGCGUCCGACGGCCUGUGGGACGCCUUCAGCAAUGAGGAGGCGGUUCGAUUCGUCCGCGAGCGCCUGGACGAGCCUCACUUCGGCGCCAAGAGCAUCGUGCUCCAGUCCUUCUACCGCGGUUGCCCGGACAACAUCACCGUCAUGGUGGUGAAGUUCAAAAGCGGAGCUGGAGGUAACAGCAAGGCAGCAGAGUAGGAGCACGAGGAAUGUGAUAAAGCCUAACCCCCAACUCUCUGCGAGCUCUGGACGGAGCGAGGUUCACAAAUGUACCACUCAAUCCUCAAAUGAAUUGAGCAACCAGGUCAAUCAGACCUCAGUUGGAAAAUUACAUUUUAACAACAAGCAUUUGAUAUUUUUCUAUACUUAAAAAUACACAAUUUUGGUCUCAGUUCUGCUGUCUUGCAUCUUUAGAUCGACUUAGGUGCUCGGAUUACUGCAGCUAAUAAACACACUUGGAAACGGGAAAAGCAUUUGAGGAUUUGGUCGCACGUUUUAAAAUGAAAAUAUUUGCACUUGUGGACCUUUUUCCUCUGGAAAUAGCCCCACAACUUCUCCUUCAAGGCGGAAGUCAAACCAGAGUGUUGCUGAGUUUAGAACUCACUGCAACAUCUGACCUUCCGAUUUUUCAUCUCUUAACAGCAAGUUCCAACUUCUAAUUCCGACUUUCAGCUUCCACAUAGCGAAUAGAGAAGCAGGAUAAGAUAAUGCUUUCACACUCAGUUCCAGCCAUUUAUUUUGUGAGCACUUUCAAAACAUUUUUUUUGAAAAACCACUGAACUACGACUUCAAAAACUACCCAUUUUAAAGAUGGCUGCCAUUAACCCCGCUAGAUAACAGGCCAGGGUGCGUGGUUUCUUCGGCUUGAUCAUAUGUUGGUGGCACAGAUGCUUCAGGACCUCAGAAGAAAUGCACUUGAGCUCAUUCAAACAGAUCGUCCGACGACUCCUAUUCAGACGACAAAAUUUGGCACCUUCUCCAAGGGCUAAAUCAGAGCGACUUCUCUUUGAAGUCUUCUUCAAAGCGGCGCUGGAAUCUGGCUCAUCAUCACGCGCAGUCGCAGAGGGUGUCCUUCUUUCUUUUCGUGCUGCUUCUCCCAGGACCUUCAUGUUUUGGAGGCCAGGAGCUUGUCAGGCAGAGCCCCAUUUCAUUUCUCUACCAUCGUGGAGUCAUGGCACAUUUGUUUUGCAACUGGCUUUCUUUCCUUUUCUGACACAGUUGGUUAGACUAGAAUUGUCCCCAUGUUGACAAUUUUCAGUUCUAAAUCUCAGCCCUUUUCCAACUUCUAAUAAACUCUUGGCCGCAGCUCCAGAUCCUAUUGAAGGAGGAGCUGUCCUUGAACGUAGCGAGCGUAACACGAACGUGUAUCCCAUAAAUCAUGGUGAAUGAAGGAGGCGGCAAUAUGAUCUUGGGACAGAAAUCGAGGUGCAGCUAUCUGUCUUUUUCUGAAAAGCUUGGCAUUCACGGUCCUGAAUUGACCUUUGUUUUUAUCCUUGUGUUGGAUUGUCACGUUUUAUUGUGGGAGGGGGUUAUACCUCGUAGUAGAAAUACACUGGUUGAAUGGCGGAGUAAAUCCCUCGCUUAGGUGAGUGAAAAAACUGCCAUCAUCCCAGCCCUGCUGUUGCAUAUUAGAACAAAGGUUUUAGGUGCAGUGGGUGCAGCGGCAGCCAAGUAUUUUCCCGUUUCUUGACGUACUCUUACAAUACAGACCUGAACUCUUUACCAGCACACCUACUGUGACCCAUGACCUGCACUCCUCUGGAAGCCCGUGGCGGCUGCUAACUAGUGCCUAACUUAACAAUGACUGUGCGAUGACAACACCGAGAUCAGGAUGACUUGGGUGAACGUUUCCAAAUGCACUACAAUGAAAUCUUCAGUUGUAGCAGAACCUCUGUAUAUUAAGGUUACAAUGCUGACUCACCAGUAUGCAUUAGUUGACCCUGGACUUCCAUCCCUUCACAACCAUCUCGGGUUCCUUCACCUCUCUUUUAUAUCGACUUGCGUUGGAGUAGGCUGUAUGUAGGCAUGUGCUUUAGAUGAAACACGCUCAUCCACAAUCAAGUAACUGACGCUGACCUUUCACCCAGGAAGCACAGUCCAGUAUUUUCUACGUGAAACCUGAAUAAUGACUUUGGUUUUCCGCGUGGCUGCGGCCGUAGCGUAACGUGAUCUGCUCCUGUAGCAAUACAACGGGUGUCAACAUCAACGGCAGCAGCAGUUUCCUCUCAAACUUGAUUCUUGCUUUGAACUGAUACGACUUGUAACAACUCCGUAUCAUGACUCAACCGAAUGCCUUAUUUAUUAUUAUAUUUUUGGGCUGUGGCCGACUGUGUAUUCAUAUAUUUUGUCCUUCUGUUAUUAAGAAGUUAAAAAAAACAACUCUGUCUCUUUAAAUAAAGGGACAGUCUGUUGCUGUUGUUGAAAUGAUGUGUAAAAACUACUGUAAAAAGUUUCUGUAUGCAAACUAUCAGUAAUGAUUGGACUAUUUCAAUAAACUAUAUUCA